AUGGCGACGAACGGAUUAGAAAACGACAAUAUUACCAAUGGCAACACCUCCCUUGAGCCUAUCCACCCAGCCGGGUCUCACGACCAACACAAUGACUACCUGACUCGUUACGAGACCACCUCCAAGAUGAUGCCCAGGGAUGAAUUCGCAUCGAUGUACCUUACCCCGUACACUGCACGACUCGGUCAUCUCCGGAGCACAUUCGCAAACCCUACGCCGAUGCCAUUGAUGGGAUUCCUAAUCGCUGCUCUGCCGUUGGGGUGUAAUCUCAUGGAAUGGAGAGGCUCCGGGGGCCAAGGGGCUGCUCUUAUUGGCACGUUCUUUUUCUUCGGGGGCCUCCUUCAGCUGCUGGGCGCUGUUUUGGAAUGGAUUAUCGGCAACACCUUUCCGUUCAUUGUUUUCGCCUGUUACGGUGCGUUCUGGUUGGCACUAGGAGCUACGCUCCAACCUGACUUCAACGCCCAAACCUUCUACCUCACCCAGCCAGACGGCAUUUCAGAGUUUUAUUCGAGCUAUGCUUUCUUCUUCCUCGCCAUGGCCCUCGUCACCUUCUUCUUCCUGGUCGCAUCCCUGCGAACCAACAUCACCUUUGCCUUGGUGUUCUUCUUUAUCGACCUUGCAUUUAUUAUGCUGAUGGCGUGCUAUUGGACACUUGCGGACGGCAAAGUGAACACUGCACGUAAGUGCCAAAAAGCUGCUGGGGCAUUCGUAUUCGUCUUCUCCAUCUUGGGCUGGUACCUCUUCUUCACACUGAUACUCCAGUCCGUGGAUUUCCCAAUCAAACUUCCGCUCGGAGACCUCAGCACGAAAAUCCCGGGCGCUUCGGAGAAGAAGAAAGAACCGACUCCCAAAGCUUAG